AUGGAAGAAGAACCCGAAGAGGAUACAGAGGAGGAGGAAGAAGAAGAAAAGGAACAGGAGGAAGAGGACUCAGAUGCAGAGUCUGAAGUCAUUAGUCUACCCUACAUCGCCCAGAACCUAAAGAAAGGAAAGACGAGUGUCAGCGAGUAUGUUGCAACUUUUACUAAGAAGAUGAAACUAGUUCCUUACCUAGUUCCUAUCGAACUUUCAAAAGUAAAUAAGUUUUCUAGUGGACUAUCGGCGUAUUUUGGUCCAACACUGAAGCUAACAACGAAUCUAAAAGCAGCCAUUUGGGCAGCUAGGAACAUAGAGACCCAGGUAAGGGAUAAUGGUCUUGAAAAAGCUGAGAAAAGGAAGCUUGAGGGAUAUUCAAGAUCUAAUACAAAAGGGAGAUUCUUGAAGUCUGGCCCCAACGUCAAGAGGUCCGGGGGUAACAAGGAAGCCAAGUGGUGUGACAAGUGCAGAAAGAAACAAUUGGGAAAAUGCAUUAAAGGAGUGACCUGCUUCAACUAUGGGAAGACUGGUCACUAUGCUAAUGAAUGCACAACCAAGAAAGAAGUCUGCUUUAAAUGUGGUAAAGAAGGACAUUUCAAUCAAGACUGCCUAAUAAGGGAAGGAGCUGCAAAGCCAAACGUAUAG